AAUAAUUAAUUUUAAAAUUUUACUAAAUUUCUAAAAAAAAUAUCUAAAUUAAUAAGUUAAUCAAUGAGUUUCUUUAGCUAAUUAAACAAAAAGUUAGAUGAAGGGUGGAAGUUAACUGAUUCAAAUUGCCCCAUUUGUAAUUUUUCCAUCAUUUAUAAUCCUAAAGAUAAGUCCCUUUUCUGCAUCAAAUGCGAUAAACCAUGCAAGAUUGAAGCUGAUAUUAUCUUUAAUUAAGAAGAAUAAUCUAAUUCAAAAAAAUAAGAGUAAGUCGGAAACACCAAAAAACAACAAGAUGACUCCGAAUCAGAUUUUGAUGAAUAUGAAUUUAAGUGGAAUAUGAAUAAAAACGCUCCUACUUCACGUACUGAUGAAAUUUCUAAGCUUCUUUCUUAAAAGUUGUUAUAAGGAUACGCUAUGUUGUAAGAAUGCUGUGCAGUUUGCUUGGCUCCAAUUAUGAAAAGCAAAAAAGGUGAAUAUACUUGUGUUGGAUGUAAAUGGGUUAAAACAAAAAAAGAAUUUGAUGAUAUAGUUUCAACUCAAUUAGAUGGAGUUUAAUAGCAAGAAAAACCAAAAUAAUAAGUUAGCUAGUAAUAAUAAAGUAAGCCUUAAGAAGUAAAAUAAUAGGUACCUAUAGUUGAAAAAGAAAAGGUUGAAUUAAAACCUUAAGUAUAAUCUUAACAACCAAUUUAAGAUUCAGGUGAAAAGUAGAAAUUCUAUAGCACAUUGCAAAGAAUUUUAAAUAAAACUGCAGAUUUCUAUGAAAAAUAAAUAGAUUUGUAUACUCAAUAAGGUUAAAUAGCUGUAGUAGAUAACAUAAUAAAGACUUCUCUUAAAGAACUAAUAGAAGCUCAAAAGAAGCUUGAAUAAUAGUGA